GUGCGCAUAAACCAACGCCAGAUAAAAGUGACUUGGAACCUGCCACAGCGUACAGAUGCUCAACCCGGCACACCAGAAUACCGCCCCGUGCCAGUGACCGGAUUCCGUAUUUACUACUCCAAGUAUGACAACAUUGGCGACCAGGAAGCCUGGGACAUCCUCGAGGUGGGUGCCGUCACGAUGGCCACUCUGGACGGCCUAAUACCCUCCGAGAGCUAUGUGAUCCGGAUCAAGUCCCGGGGUACAGAUAAACGCUACGGCAACUGGAGCAGUCCCGUAAUUGUGCCGGCUGAUCGCUAUGGGCUGGAUCAAAGAGGCAACUUUAUGGGCCGUGUUCAGGAUCUGCGCUGUGUCAGCACAAAAAGUGACACAUACGGUCAGGCCAGUCUGCGUAUAAUGUGGUUGCCGCCGCCGGAUAAACGACUACUGAAGGAGUACCAGCAGGACGGUUCAUGA